CGAGUCGCCGAACUCUGGAAGGGAACGUGACCCGACCCCUCCCCGAGCUGCCGAAACGCGGCGUCCAGCCGCGCAGCGGGCUCGGACGGCCGCGGGAUGGGCGGGAGGGCGGCGCGCGGCCCCGCCCGGCGCCCACCGCCCACCGCCCUGCCCUCGCCUGUCUCCUCCUUUCCCCGGGGCUCCGCUGAGUUCAUUCACUGGGAUUGGUUUCAAGUGACGCCAUCUCUUUAUUUUUAAACCAAUGACCUCAUCCGCGCUUGAAGUUUCCUGACCAGCGACUCUUUCUCUUUUCCCCAACCCCCCACCCCACCCCCCCGCCUUUCCCCCUCUUUCUGUGUAUCACUGUUUGGGGGGCUUUAAUCAAAUUUUAACGAUUAUUCUCCCCUCUCCCUCGCCCCUCGGCUUUCCCCACGCGGCCCCCACCUUUACCUCCCCAAGUUCUUCACUCAUUUCGACAUUUGUUUUUGGAAGUCUUGAUUGGGGGGGGGGUGGAAGAGAAAGAGUGAAGAAAAGUUGCAAACGUCUCCUCUUCCUAAGCCUCCCGCCCCCGCCCACCCCUCAGAGAAGGAGAAGAUAAUAUAGUGUAAAGAAGAGGAGGAGGCGAGAGCGACGGGACGGGACGCCAGCGGGAGCGCAGCCGCCCUCCGGGCUCCGCGGCGGCCCCUAACUAGCCCGGGAGCCGAGGGCCCGGAGAGGAGACGCCGUGACAACUUUCGAUUCCCUCAGAGGGAGUCGGGGGGUCGGCGGCCCCAGAAGCUGUCAGUCCAGUGUAAAGCUGUUGGAGCGAGGGAGCAAAGGUAAAGAAUGAUGUAAUGCACUGGCUGCCCCAAAGCAUCUUUUGUUGUGGAAUGGUUAUUCCAGUCAUCUCUCGAUGAAUCAAAUGUGAGGGGCUGCUUUGUGGAAGGAGUCCUUUGCAAGAGCACAUCAACGGGAAAGAGAAAGAGACAUUCAGUUGGAGGGCUCUUGCUGAAAAUGGGUUUAACUCUCCUUUUGCCAGUCACCACCAGCCUGACCUCAUACAUUUUUAGUACAAUGGAGUGGCUGAGCCUUUGAGCACACCACCAUUACAUCAUCGUGGCAAAUUAAAGAAGGAGGUGGAAAAAGAAGACUUAUUGUUGUCAUGGCCCAUGAGAUGAUUGGAACUCAAAUUGUUACUGAGAGGUUGGUGGCUCUGCUGGAAAGUGGAACGGAAAAAGUGCUGCUAAUUGAUAGCCGGCCAUUUGUAGAAUACAAUACAUCCCACAUUUUGGAAGCCAUUAAUAUCAACUGCUCCAAGCUUAUGAAGCGAAGGUUGCAACAGGACAAAGUGUUAAUUACAGAACUUAUCCAGCAUUCAGCGAAACAUAAGGUUGACAUUGAUUGCAGUCAGAAGGUGGUAGUUUAUGAUCAGAGUUCCCAAGAUGUUGCUUCUCUAUCAUCAGACUGCUUUCUCACUGUACUUCUGGGUAAACUGGAGAAGAGCUUCACCUCUGUUCACCUGCUUGCAGGUGGGUUUGCUGAGUUCUCUCGUUGUUUCCCUGGCCUCUGUGAAGGAAAAUCCACUCUUGUCCCUACCUGCAUUUCUCAGCCUUGCUUGCCUGUUGCCAACAUUGGGCCAACACGAAUUCUUCCCAAUCUUUAUCUUGGCUGCCAGCGAGAUGUCCUCAACAAGGAGCUGAUGCAACAGAACGGGAUUGGUUAUGUGUUAAAUGCCAGCAAUACCUGUCCAAAGCCUGACUUUAUCCCUGAGUCUCAUUUCCUUCGAGUGCCUGUCAAUGAUAGCUUCUGUGAAAAAAUUUUGCCAUGGUUGGACAAAUCAGUGGAUUUCAUUGAGAAAGCAAAAGCUUCCAAUGGAUGUGUCCUAGUGCACUGUUUAGCAGGGAUCUCUCGCUCUGCCACCAUUGCCAUCGCCUACAUCAUGAAGAGGAUGGACAUGUCUUUAGAUGAGGCUUACAGAUUUGUCAAAGAAAAAAGACCUACUAUAUCUCCAAACUUCAAUUUUCUGGGCCAGCUCCUUGACUAUGAAAAGAAGAUUAAGAACCAGACUGGAGCAUCAGGGCCAAAGAGCAAACUCAAGCUGCUGCACCUGGAAAAGCCAAAUGAACCUGUCCCUGCAGUCUCGGAGGGUGGACAGAAAAGUGAGGCAUCCCUCAGUCCACCCUUUGCUGACUGUGCUACCUCAGAGGCAGCAGGGCAAAGACCUGUGCUUCCUGCCAGUGCGCCCAGCCUACAGCCAUCACUGUUAGGGGACAGUCCACUGGUACAGGCACUCAAUGGGCUCCACCUGUCCUCUGACAAGCUGGAAGACAGCAAUAAGCUCAAGCGUUCCUUCUCUCUGGAUAUUAAAUCAGUUUCAUAUUCAGCCAGCAUGGCAGCAUCCUUACAUGGUUUCUCCUCAUCAGAAGAUGCUUUGGAAUACUACAAACCUUCAACUACUCUGGAUGGGACCAACAAGCUAUGCCAGUUCUCCCCAGUUCAGGAAGUGUCAGAGCAGACUCCAGAAACCAGCCCAGAUAAGGAGGAAGCCCACAUCCUUAAGAAGCCCCAGACCACCAGGCCUUCAGAGAGCAAGCGACUACACUCAGUAAGAACCAGCAACGGUGGCACCCAAAGGUCCUUCUUAUCUCCACUGCAUCGAAGUGGGAGUGUGGAGGACAAUUACCAUACCAACUUCCUCUUCGGCCUUUCCACCAGCCAGCAACACCUCACCAAGUCUGCUGCUGGGCUGGGCCUCAAGGGCUGGCACUCAGAUAUCUUGGCUCCCAAGACCUCUACCCCCUCCUUGACCAAUAGUUGGUAUUUUGCCACAGAGUCCUCUCACUUUUACUCUGCUUCAGCCAUCUAUGGAGGCAAUGCCAGUUAUUCUGCCUACAGCUGUAGCCAGCUGCCCACUUGCAGUGACCAAGUCUAUUCUGUGCGCAGACGGCAGAAGCCAAGUGACAGAGCUGACUCACGGCGGAGCUGGCACGAAGAGAGCCCCUUUGAAAAGCAGUUUAAACGUAGAAGCUGCCAAAUGGAAUUUGGAGAGAGCAUCAUGUCAGAGAACAGGUCGCGGGAAGAGCUGGGGAAAGUGGGCAGUCAGUCUAGCUUUUCAGGCAGCAUGGAAAUCAUUGAGGUCUCCUGAGAAGAAAGACACUUGUGACUUCUAUUGUUUUUUUUUUUUCCACAAAAAUAUUCCCUGUAAAUCUGAAAUAUAUAUAUGUACAUACAUAUAUAUUUUGGAAAAUGGAGCUGUGGUGUAAAAGCAAAAGGUGGAUCAACACAGUUGUUCUCUUAGCAUCUGCAUUUGAGAGAUGAGUUAAUAUUUCUCUCAAGAAAAGUGGAAGGGCAGAUGUUAGAAUCCCCCUAACCAGAGGAACCAACUUGUAUUCCGUGAAUUGCACAUUUAUUGCUCCUACAGAAGCAACUUUAUUUGAUGUCAGAGGACAAAAUCCCGUACCAUUUUCACGUUGUGCUACAAUGAGAUCUCAAAUAUUUGUCUUUGUCCAGUCCCUUCCAUAGUGCACCUUAGUGCUGAGACUGAGCCACUGGUGGGUCGGGUGGGUAGACCUCUUAGGGACAGAACCUAAUGGUUAAAUCCAAGAGAAAUGAUCUUAUCCAAACUGAUUCACAAAUCCAAGCUCACCUGACAGCUGAGUAACAAAAGCAUCAUUCUGCUGCAUGGACCAUUAGGGGCCUCGCCCAGAUCUACUUUAGAACAAACCCAGUACCUCAGACAAGACAGUCGGGGCUUUCACCACUUCCAUAUCUGGGAGCCCGUUUUCUAGGCAUUGUGAAUAGGUUGGUAGCUAGACAUACUUUUCAGAACAAUUUAAAACACUCUAUGCACAAAAUUCCAAUUGGGCCUGGAUGGAGUAGGUUGUUUUCUUCUUUUCAGCUUUAUUAAGAAAGAGAAGAGAAACCAUCUAGGAUCCACCAUAGCUAGGAAUCUGGCAGUAUAAUGAUUUAAGCCAAGAUUGGGAGGCUAAACAAGUCUACCUCCCUUUUAUGAAUCAAAGAAAUGUUUAAAAUGGGAUUGUUAAUCCUUUAAUUAUUAAAGAUUAACUUGGUUUAAAGUCAAAUGUGAAUUGUCUGGGUUCAUAGCAGAGUGACAGAUCCUUCAAGUUCUCAGCCAAAGUAGAUAUUUUCCAUUUAUUUCAUUGCAUGGAUCCAGUUUGUAAAAAUGUAACAACAGGAAGAAUUUUAUAGGAAACCACCUGGGGGGGGUGAAACUACAGAAAUAUUAAGAAGGUUUAAAAAAAAAUGCUGAGGAGAAACAGGAAACUUAUUUCCUUGAUGGCACAUCUGCUCUUGGCAUGUGAUGAGGGUGGUAUUUCUAAAAUCUCCUUAUACUUUUAAAUGUACUAAUAAGAGUUGAGAGAGGCUUUAGGAAGCAAGGAAUACUCAGUAAAACAGUUUAGGAAGGUGAGAAGAAGGCUGUUGAAUUUUGUUCAGUUGUGAGUAGAGUGGAAAGCCAUAGCCAAGCUAUUUUGAAAACUAUCCCUGGCAUGUUUUUAGUAAAAGGGGCAUAUCACGAUGGAAAAAGACCAAGAUGGUUUCUCAGUCCUUGACCUACAAUCACUGUAUGGAAUCAAUCCUGGCAGCUGAAAAUAGAAGGUAAUUAGAACAAGUACACAAGUGAUAGUAUGUAUCUGCUUUUAAAUUUCUUGGCUUAUGUUUUAUCAACUACAAUAUGGUCCUCUUUUGAAGCCUUAAUUCAUGUCAGCAGCUUUUUUUGGGGGGGUGGGAAGUGGGACAGGUGUUAUUGUUCUUUACUGUAAGUGUAGCUAGUUGCUGACUUAUAUCUCAGGUUUUUCUAUGUUUGAGAAAUGGAUAUUCCUUGGACUAGGCUGUGAUUUGUUUCCUAUGGUGACUGCUAAAACCAGCACAGAAUAACGAUUCAGAACUGACUGGCUUGAUCAUGGGGAUUAUGAGCUUCACAGACAUACUGGUUAUGUACAAAUAAUGUGCUAUGAUGUGGGUAUAAAAUGGACACAAAAGAGCAUGAACUGCAUAGGGAGCACAUUAUUACGGUACUGACAAAUUUCUGUGAAAUGAUCUGAGUUUUUAUAUACACAAUUAAAUCUUUUAUGUAAUCAGAUAUUCUCAAGGUUUCACACAGUAAUUUUUGGUGUGUUGUGUAUACACACACUGAAUGUUUAACAGUUCCCUGCUUCCAGAAUCUGGUUACAUCUGUCAAACAUUUUUUAAGAAAUGAAAGCAAUAGCUCCAUCGUUAAGUGUUUCAGGGGGCUUGGGGGACUUAGGUUCAAUAGAUCUUUGGGCAACAAUUUGCCUUGUGUCAUUUAGGGUUUCUGUUGGCUAUGGUCCCCCUUCCUUCCUGUAACUGUGAUAUAGUCAUACACUACAGCUGUCAGUCCUUGAUCAGUUAUGUCCAAUAAUCAGUUCUUGGAAUCAAGAUUACCAUGCCGAAGGGGCAGCCUCCAAGGCAAGUCAAGUCCUGGAGCUGCUCGGGUCUGUGGGUGAUGUGGAGGCUGGUUCUCUUCAGCAUGGAAUCACAGGGGAACCCCUGGAGUCUACUAGGAUGAUACAGAAUGGUGAUUUUAAAGAGUUAAAAUAGGCUUCUGUGUGAGAAAUGCUGGAAAUUGAUUUAGGACAUUUAUAAAGUUAGGUGGAAAGACUGUAUAAAUGUUUAAUAUGAAUAUAGUGUUCUUUUGGAGCAAGGCAAGCUGUUGAAUGGUUAAAUUGUGCAUUUCUCAUUUUGAUGUGUCAUGUAUGUUAAUAUGAUGAAAUAAAAUCAAAACUGGUACCUGUUUAUACAUAAA